UAUAUUUAUCAAAUCAUGGGGCCUGCAGUGUUGCGUGCUCAUGCAAAAGAACGCCCACCAGAGGACAUAGAGCAUGGUGCUGCUGAGACUCCAGACUUCCUAGACCUUCACCUCCCGUAGACCAGGAUCACAGCUGAAACCUGACAGGUUAUAUUGUCACCCACCCCCCUCAAGUCAAAAUGGAAGACUUUGAAUACAGUGUGGAGAUCUGUGACCGUGACUGGGAAUGCUUCUUUGCGGAGUGCGAGGAAUGUAACCUGCUUCCUCCUUCAUUAGCAGGAGUGGAUGACUCGGGGAUGAGUGACAUCGAUGAUACAGGGUCCCUACUUCUUAAGAGGGCUCAGAAAGUCGAUCUAACACCAGGCUUUUCAGAGGCCGAACACCCCAUCGACGGCCCCCAAGACAGUGAAGGCUCUCCUGUGGAGGAUUACCUCAGCAAAGACGGCGUCAGUGGAAUGGAGAGCGUCCUCUCAGGCAGUGAGGAGGACAUACACCUGCAGUCUGUCAAUAUAUUCUUUGAAAGGCUGAAAAAUCUUACAGAGGCUGAGAGGUUUCCUGAGCCAAGCCAAGUGAGAGCUGGAAAAAACAGAGAGGCAAUACAGGAGGAGGAGCAGUAUAGUGAUGGGCAACAAGCCAGCAGCAGCUCUUUGCCAAAAAACAUCCCCAAGUUAAACUCUCUGCCUGCCAGGGGUGAAACAGCAGUUGGCAAAGAGACCAUGAGGCCUGUCGACACCAUCAGCAACAUAAACACAAUGAAAAAAGUUGAGCCUGGUUCCAAUGUUUCCCCUGAACCUGCAGCCAGUAACUCAGUGCUCAAGACUAACAAAUCAACUUACCCUGAAACAGAGUUAUUCAUCAGAGAGGAAGCCUGCACAGAAACCGGAGUAAAUGAGGUAACACAGCAGCAUCAAUCUCAUGACUCACUGGACGGGGUUGUCAGCUCAGAAACACCACCUCACAAAGAUGAAGUGAUGAAGGGGGAAAUAUGCUCACCUCUGAAGGAUGUUGAGCAGGAACAUUUGCUGACAAGUCAAUCAACUUUCAGUGAUAAGUGCAACACUAAUUCACCCAGUAAUCUAUACAUGAUGACAAAUAUUAAAUGGAGGGAAGAACAAAACCCUUCUGUUUCACAGUUAGACGCAACAUGCAUAAACAAAUCAGCAAGCCAAGAAUCGUCCCCAUCUGCCUCCGUCAAAAGGAAGAGAAGGAAGAAGAGGCGACUCAGCUUUGAGCCGGCUGAGAGUGCGCAUGGAUAUGAGAGGCAGGUUUUGAUUCAGCCGAGUGACUCGGAGGACGAUCGGUAUGCAUGGAGAGGAGGAACGAGUUUAUCUGAGGAUGUGAAUUUAUUUCAUUUAAAUGAACCACAAAAAAAUGUUGUGUCUUUAUAUUCAGGUACAAGUAAUCUCCCUGUGAGGAUAUCUAAUAAGGAGAUAAAAGCAAACGGUCUUUCUCACACUGUUCCUCCAUGUGAUGGUCAAUACCAAUAUUUACCAGAGGGCAUGGUUAGACAGGGAAGGUGUAAAGCAACAAACACAGCUGAAAAUAAUGGAACUCAUGAUAGGUCAGUAACCCCAUGGAGUCAAACUGAUGGUGGUGUAAUGUCAGCAGCAAACAACAGUGGUAAUGUGGUAACAAAUUUACAGCCAUGCACUGGAUUAGAAAAAGAAGGAUUAACUGGACUGAACAAAUAUUCUUGUUUGCCUGUUUCAGUUAGUGCCACUGUAACUGGUGAAUCAGACCUGGUCAGAAACACAGGAAACAGUGACAGAAAGGACACUCUUGCAGAGAGUCUCCAGCAGUCUGAUGAAAUGAAUCAGUCUAUCAUUGGAUGUGAAAAUGAACAAAAUCUAAAAUGCUGUACAGCAGAGGUCGAAUCAAUCACUCACAGUAUUUUAUCAAGCGCAGAGUCAAAUGGUCGCGCUAUGGACAUCUGCCAAAAUGACAAACUAUCCACUGCUAAGUCAGUCCUGGCUGCAGACGCUGGAAAUUCUGGCAGAGACAACCACACACUGUGUCAAAGAGAGGCUGAGCCCCAACAGCAGCUGGAAAUUGACUGUCAUGACACAGACCAAUAUAGCUCUACACUGGAAAAGACUUAUGGCCUCAACACAAAACCCCAACAAUUCCAAACCAGAGCCUGUCCACUCUUAGAGGAGAUUCCCAGCAAAGUGACCUGUGGUAAAUUAACAUCAGAUUGUAUCAAUUCAUCCCCUGAUAAAAGGCAUCUUUCUAAAAGUCCCUCCAGUUUAGAUAUAAAUAACACAGUACAGAAAACAGAAGAUCCUCUGGAGGUUAUUUUAUCAGAUACAGAUGCAACAGCUGGGAGUGCUCAAUUAGCAGCAUCACAAUUAAUGGCUAGUCCCUGCCCAUCUGACGAAAUGAAUCCAACAGGCGGCAGUCAGAGAGAAACCAAACUGUCCAUGUCUGAAGACUCAAUAACAAAUCCUUCAGAUUUUACAUCAAUAUCAUCCUGCUGUACUCUGGACACAGAAUCUGUCAGGUCACUCUCAAAUGAAAAUAUCACAGACUUGUCGGGAAGUCAAAAUGAGUCUGGAAGACGUGGUGAAAAAAACCCACUAAUCUUGGCAAAACAUGAGGAAGGAGAAGCUAAAUCUGAACCCAAAAGCCAGUCCGCAUCAAAUGACUCAACAGAACCAAAAUAUGAUUUACUGGGCGGAGCAGAAGAUGCUGUCACAGAAUCCCGAGCUGAAUGCAAACCUAAAACGGCACCAGAUUCAAAACGUUCAGUGUUUGCCAUGUCUUCUUUUUGGAGUGAGAUGGAGAAGCUGACAAUAAAUGACAUUAUGCAUUUACGAAUGAGCAAAGCUCCUCCACCCAUCUCCCUGCCACCUUUACAGGAAAGUGAGGAGACCAGCAUGUUUGCUACAACUGAUUCAGGCCUUUUUACGCAACUGGAUGAGUCCAAGCCGGAGCCAACCAAUGAGGACAUGUCCAGUGUUCCUGGUUCUGCAGAAUCAAGUCUAGGUUGUUUUAAGGCAGUUGAUUCUUCUUCAAGAGGUGUCAUGUGGGAGAGUGAACCCGUCCCAGUGAGCCAUGUUACUGAUAUCUACCCUGAGAGUAUGACCUUGACACCCGUGAGUGACAAUUCUCCACCAGUCCUCUCUGGAAGUUCUCGAAACAGCCUGAGAAAGAUUUCCAAAAAUGUAAGUGUGCAAAAUCUACAUGCCCUGGAAUCUCAGUCUUUCAGCUCCAAAUGGAAAAGCCAAACUUUACAAACCUUAGAUGAAGAAGAAUCAGGAAAAGCAGAGUAUUUUUCUGAUGAACAUAUUUCUAAGCAAGACAAAGACAUGGACCCUUCCUCGUUAAAAGACAGCUACAAAAUCUCUGUUAUGGAUAUAUUUCAGUACUUCUUUGGUGGAAAACAAUCGAUUCCCAGCCAAUCAGCUCCAGAUAACACAACCACUUUCUACACUGAUGGAAAUUCUGUUCCUGAAACAUAUGAUCAUUUUUUCUCUGAGUUUGAUACAGAAAACUUCUUCAGCCCUCUGAUCACAGCAGAAGAUCAGGCCAAAGACAAGAUGGUUCCUAUCUUUUCCUACUCUCGCUCAGCUAAUAGAAAUCUACAGUUCCCUGAGGCUUAUGACCAUUUCUUCUCAUCCUCUUCUACUGAUGAUUCUUCUGUUGAGUCUGAUGAAGAAGAAGAAGAUAACUGCAGUCCUGUUAGGGUGGUGACCAGGUUCAGCCGUAAGACAAGCGCAUCUCAGAUUUCUACAGACAUUUAUGAGAAUUUCUUCACGGAUAGCGACCUCAGACAGAAUUUUUUCUGGAAAACAACACUCUCCUUCAGGAAUAUUAAUUUGGCUGGAUCUACGGUCCAGAAGAAGACUCUCCCAAGCUCCCUGGCUCAUGUACCUGUGAGGCAAAGUGGCAGAUCCCUUCGAAGGACGGUUUAUCCCAGCAAUGCUCUGGGAAAUCAAGAUGUGAUGUUUCCUGAUCCACUUCUCUACCACCUGGAGGACAGGAUCUUUAUGCAACAAGCACAGCAGCCUUUCCGAUAUGAGGACCUACAGACAGCUGUUUCAAAUCCAAGACUGGAUGCCUCCCUCCUGCCUCUCAGACAGUCAGAUAUGUGUCUGGUUUGUAUUGCAUUUGCCUCAUGGGUACUGAAGACUGCAAACCCACAAGUCGGCGAUGCCUGGAAGGCUGUUCUGCUGGCGAAUGUAAGUGCUCUGUCAGCAAUCCGAUACCUGCGUAAGUACGUCAAGAUGGAGGCGGCAGCCAGUGAGGAGAAACUUCAUGACACCACCCCAUCUGAGUCCUGAUCUCCCUGCGUUAUAUGCGUCACAAUUGAAAUGCUCAGUUUUUCCAUGAACACCCGAUGUGAGUCGCUGCAGGUUCUUGAAAGGAAUAUGACACAUUUUGAUGUGCUGUUACAUGUUUGCACUACACACUUGCACUGUAAUUGCUUUAUUAAUCUUAAAUUUCACUGAAAAAGGAGGGAAAGGGUUUCGACACUUGUUUUGCGUCUGCAAGGCAAGAUGAGACAUGUAUAUUUAUCAGACAGAAAGCCAUAGACAGGUUUGUAAAUAAGGUUUCAGAAAGUAAGAUUAGCAGCAGGUUUACUCAGACCUGUACCAAGUUGAGAUGUAAGAUGGAUAUGUGAUAAAUGGAUUAAGUUGAGGCACUCAAAGAAUUCAAAAUGGUGCUGUUAGAGCAUGUUUGUUACCAUCAAAUUACUUUUAUGUAGCGAAUGCUUUUAUCCAAAGCGUAAGUGUUGUAACAAUAAUUGGAAAUGUUUUACAAAAUGAGUGCGAUCACAUCUGUUGCAAUAUUUUAAAGACCCUUAAUUGUAAUUGUGUAAUUAAUUUAGGGGACUGUAUUCUGUGCCAGUAUGGAUUAUAUAUUUUAUGAAGGGCAUUUUAUUUUAAUGAUAGAUGAUUUAUAGAUGGUUGUACAGUAUUGUUUCAUAAGGGCUGCUCUGUGAGCUGUUGAUGCCUUUCAGUUCAACUACAGUAAACAGCAUUUAUGACUUGUA